AUGGCACCUUCUUUGAGUAUGCGCCCUCGCACGGGCGAGCGACCACCUACGAGGGAUAAUCCGGAUCAUAGCCUUAUCAUCCCCAGUCGAACAUCUUCGCUCCACUCGCGAAUUACUCAGCCGCUUCCCUCCACAUUGAAUGUGAAGUCUGGUGCGAGGAGCCCAAAGACUUUAACCCACGCAUACAUGGUAUGUGGUGUUGGAAGAGAACCAUCGCAAUGGGUAAAGGCACCCGCGCCGACUCAGGGUAAAAUCGGGCACAUGAAAGGUGCAGUUGGGACAUUCUGGCUUCCGGAGAUCUUGGGGAGCAGUCCAAGACUAGAGCAAGACAAUGAGAUUGCGCGGUCUCUCCAUGCUGCUAUGCGUGCUUGCUUUCCUCAUGAUGUCGAGAUUUGCACAGGAAGGAGUCAGCCACAUUGCGUACACCAUUCUUUUGUUCUCCAGCAGAAUUCGUCCCACACUCUUUACGGCAUUGCUUUGCGCGUGUGGUCUCGCGCCGACGACAAGAGGGCUGAGACAAUUCGCGACCUGCGCAGGCGAAUUGAACCCGACUUUUUUGAUAACCCAGAGGAGACAUACUGGAUCCCGUAUUGUUUGAGCUUCCUUUCUCGAUACCCCUUGUACAACCUGCUUGGGGAUUACCUCCGUGGCAUGUGGAUUCACUGGAACAAGGCUACAAAUCUCUUCCAUGCCGAGGAAGUGUCUCGCAUACUGAGCUUCCCUGCGCCACGACUGAACGACCUGGUCCGAAUUGACAUGAAAGAUUAUGCGUUGUGCUACCAGUUCCCGUCUUCGCCUACAGGAUUCCAGAACUUCUCCAUGUGGCCGCUCUUUACAUGUCUCUCUAUUCCCAACAUCGUUGGUGUAAUUGAAGCUGCGGUGUCACCGACUCGACGAAUCAUCUUCACCAGCCACUACCCUGCGGUGCUUACCGUUGUGGCCGAGACUGUGCGAUUCUGCGUUAGAGUGUAUGAAUGGAGCGGCCUGUAUGUACCCAUCGUUCAUGCGCGUCAUGUCACGGAUCUGGUACAGGAGCCGGGUCCGUACAUACUUGGUGUAACAUCGGAAUGCCGCUCGCUGUUCACCGCUCCGACUGACGCCCUCGUUAUCGAUUUGGACCGAAACUUCGUUUUAACUUCAAGCCCACCGACAGCACUUUCUGCUGGGCAAAGGACCAAGAUGAUCACACGCCUCACACAAGCCCUCAAUGGUGAGGUGGCACCCACAGGUGUUCCACAACAUUUGCGUUCGGCCUACGGUGGCGGCAAGCUGAUCCCCGCUGGCCAAAUCAUCGUAAUGCGUGGCGAGGUUGAGAGUAUCCAAGAUCCAGAUUGGUGGAAUCAGGAUGCGAUCAUGACAGUGAUGGAUCACGUGUGUGAGAAGCUGGGCCGCAACUCUGGAAUGAAGGCUAUCUUCGGAGGCUCCGUCAAGAAGCCACUAAUGACCAAGGUCUCUAUGCGUCAUUUGAACGAACUUGUGCGCGAACGCAACCAGUACUCUCGGGAUGCACAGGAAGCUUGGCAGGAUUUCAUCAACCUCAAGGGCCGUAUGGACACUGAACUCGGCAAGGUCACGAAGCGCAACAACUUUUUGGUUGAGGAGCUCGAUAGCUGGAAGCAGCAAUUCCUCAAGUUUCAAACCUUCGCCGAAGCGCUCACAAAGGAGACCCAGGAUCUCAAAGUCAAGAUUGAAACCCACAAGCGCGAGAACCGACGCCUCACUGGUCUUAUCGACCAGCAGAAGGAUGACGCAGCACGACUUACCAACCGUCUUUCGGGUACUGAGAAGCAGCGCGACGAUGCUCUGGAGGCGCUUGUCCUCCAGCAAGAAAUCGCUGAGGAGCUCGAGCGCGAGAGACAGAGGAACAAGAAGAAUCUGGGUGCCCUGCAACAUACUAACGUCGCUAUCCUUCGUCAACGAGAUGAGGCUCAACGCGUUGUACUUCACCUACGUGCGCUCAUUGAGGGCCAAACCCACCACAUGGAGCAUAUUGUCAAGUCUUUGAACCAGGACGAGAUGACCGGCUACAUUGAGGAGGGCUUCGAGGAUGUUCCCGAGGAGGAUGAGGAUGAACUUGACACGUCCUCCUUCGUUACUGCCUCCGCCAAAGACAAGUCCGAGGUUGGCACCAUCCGAGGUGUGUCCGGUGUCGAGAGCCGCAACCAUUCGAGAGCGAGCACAGUCGCUGCCCAACACUACGACGGCGAGGACGUCACAGCAGAUAUGGAGCAGCGCCUCUACAGCAGUCCAGCACGCAACUCGAAGCGAUUCUCGAACCAGUCCAUGGUCGACGUCGCCGACAGGGUGCUGCGCGACAAGACCGAUGCUAUCGCAUACAUCAUCCGCAACAUUUCCGAGCAGUGCGCCGCCGCUGUGGAGGGUCUGCAACUCGCCCAGCGAGCCGACUCGGAAGAUGACCGCAGCGACCGUCGCAGCAGCCUCGGCCAACAGUCGGCCUUUUCACGACGACACUCUUCAUUAGGCAGCGAGUACGGCGACGAGGACAUGCUCCGCCCAAACCGUGGAUCUAGCAUCCCUCCUACCCCCGACCUUAGCCAUCGGUCGAGCACAUCCAUGUCAAUGGCCAGCGCGUCCACAACGCCGGACAGGUUGAGCCUCCAGCACCGAGUGCACGAUAUCCCUGAUGUUCCCACUCGCAUCAUGGAGCACGACGAUGAUAGCUACAUUCACACCGAAACGAUGCCCGUUUCCAAAUACGCAACACCAUUGCGAUCGCGUCACAGCAACCGAACAAUUCGGUAA